AUGGUGAUAGCCAUAGGAUUUAAUGUUCUGGAGAUGAAUAUCUGUAAGUUCCUUAAUAUUGCGACCUUCAAGCGAUAUUUAACGAUAUCAUCAGUUCGAUUAGCAAUUCCUAAAAAGAACAAGCUUCCCCCGAGACCUACAUGGCUAGUUAAAGAUGACGAAAUAGAAGAAGUGUUUCUUAAGGGUGGAAGAGGACCCGGAGGCCAGAAAAUCAAUAAGACCAAUAGCAAAGUCCAGUUGACUCAUAUUCCUACUGGGAUCGUUGUUCAGUGUCAAUUUUCCAGAAGUCAAGAACAGAAUAGAAAGAGAGCUCGGGAAAUAUUAGCUUUGAAAUUGGAAGAAUUAAAUGAUCCGGAGAAUUGUCGGACUGCCAUGAUUAGUAAACGAGUAUCUAUGACUAAAGCAAGCAAACAGAAAAAAAGUAAUAGAAAGUAUAAGAAGUUGGAACAGGAAAAACUACGAGAGUCUUCACAACAAAUCCACGAGGAGAUUGACGUUGAGCUAGAGUUAACAAAUUUGAAAGUUGAUAUGGAUUAUUUGAAAAAGCAUCUAUAG